CAGUCAGACAGCCAGCUAUGUGCGAGAGUCCAGCUGCUGAGUCGUUCCACCGCUAUAAAAUAUGAGUGGAUGAUAUUGCGUCUGACCGCCCCCUCCGCUUCUGGCCUUCCUGCUGCUACCCGUGCACGUCGCUCUGCUAGACUCACACUUGUCGGCCUCACCAUGAGUCAACCUGGUCAGUAUCUCAUCCUUCCCGAGCUUGGCGACCAGCGCCAAGCUUCCACCGUCAUUCAAUUUCUCGUCCUUGGUUUUUGGAGCUGGGAGCUGAUCACCACUUCAGGCUGGGAAGUCGGACAAUGGCAAAAGUCAAGUCGCAAGUGGUCCCUUUGGCUCUUCACUUUUGGUCGCUAUUACGGCUUGGUGGGGCAGAUCGCGGCAUGCGUAAUCAACGUCCUGCCCGGCGUGACCACGGCGUACUGCUCCAAGUAUCAAGCGCUUUUGCCACUGAUUGACGCUAUCGGAUAUGCCAUCGUCAUGCCCCUCAUGAUGGUCCGUACAUGGGCGAUUUGCAACAAGAAUCGCUUUGUGGGGGUCCUGCUUGCCGUCAGCUGGCUGGCUUCUCUGGCGCUGUCUCUGUACGCGGCACAGUUCUACAUCGGAACGCCUUUUGCAAACGUACCCGGCCUGGGACCUAUUGGCGGCUGCACGAAUGCUAUUGCUAACUUCUGGCCUACCUGUGAGUGCAAGUUAAUGCAGGCGCAUCCAAUGAUCUACAAGUACAGCUCACGUCCGGUGAAUCGACUUGUCCGCAACCUAGCCAUGUUCAUCGCGUGGGGCACGGUCGACGUGAUGUGCUUUGUGCUGGCUGGUGGUCAGAUCCUGCUACUGUGGAGGCGUACUGGGUUUAGAUCCUCCUUGCAACAAGCCCUCUUUAGAGAGGGUCUGCAAUACUUCAUCACCGUGAUGUCGAUCAACGUCAUCAACAUUGCCUUCACAGUGACGAACACUUUGCCACCAUUCAUUCGGCCAGCUAUGGCCCAGCCAGCAGCUGUCGCAACAUGUGAGUGAGGUGAAGGUGCUGUCGAGAGUGCUGUCACGCAUCAUGCUGAAAUCGUUGCCCUUUCUCAGUGGUUGGAACGUCGCGCUUGUACAUGGCGCUCCUCAACUUGGGCAGUCAGGGCUAUGCCGCCGGCUCCACUUCCAGCAGGGAUCAAGUGCAAGCGAAGG